AGGCCAGAGGGCCUCUCACUUAGGAGCUUCUCCAUUCUGUCAGCUCUCCGGGAACAUCCAAGGCAAGACUGGCACCAGUGCGUGACAGUGACUGUCCACAUACCCAUUCCCAGACACCAUGGAGUCCUUCAGCUCAAAGAGUCUGGCACUGCAAGCGGAGAAGAAACUACUAAGUAAGAUGGCAGGUCGGUCUGUGGUUCACCUCUUCAUUGAUGAGACAAGCAGCGAGGUGCUAGACGAGCUGUACCGUGUGUCCAAAGAGUACACGCACAGUCGGCCCCAGGCCCAGCGGGUUAUCAAGGACCUGAUCAAGGUGGCUGUCAAGGUGGCUGUGCUGCACCGCAAUGGCAGCUUUGGCCCCAGCGAGCUGGACCUGGCUACCCGCUUUCGCCAGAAGCUGCGGCAGGGUGCCAUGACAGCACUGAGCUUUGGCGAGGUGGACUUCACUUUCGAGGCUGCCGUGUUAGCAAGCCUGCUCACUGAGUGCCGAGACACGCUGCUGGAACUGGUGCAGCACCACCUCACACCCAAGUCACAGGGCCGCAUUCGCCACGUGUUUGAUCACUUCUCUGACCCAGGGCUGCUCACAGCCCUCUACGGGCCUGGCUUCACUCAGCACCUUGGCAAGAUCUGCGAUGGGCUCAGGAAGCUGCUGGAUGAGGGGAAGCUCUGAAAGCUCUGAACCCAGCACCGCCUCCCGUGGCCAGCUGGAAAACAGAUAACAGGCUUUCUAACCCUGCUCAUCUGCACUAACGCUUUUCAAUCCUCAGCCUUCGUUCUCAAGAGUGCUUUAGACUUUGAGACCACCCUGCCCCCAAACUGCUGAUGGAGAAGGAGCAAUGCUGAGGGGUGAGGACUCUUUCCCACUCCAGCCCUAGCACAGGAAACAAAGCAGCCUGAAAAAGGCGAAGUGAAACUUGGAUCUUUCUCCCAUGAGGGACUCUGAAACAGGGAAGCCCCUUCUCCCAUGAAUCAAGGGAAGGGGGUGCAGCCCAUAUAACCCCUCUGGGGACACUAAAGACAGGAGGGGGUAAGGUGGCCCUUAGAGAUGUUCUAGACUCCCAACUCUAGGUGGAGUUUGCCCAGAUGUCAGAGCCUGUUUUAGAGUGCAGGAAGAAGCAACUAGGGUAAGGGAGAUUCUCACAGGGGAAAUAAAACUAUUAAAAUGUG